AUGACAGGCCUGGACAAGCUAUACGACGUCAUCAUCGCCGGCGCCGGCCCCGUGGGCAUGAUGCUCGCCUCCGAGCUCAGCUUCGCCGGCGCCUCCGUCCUCGUCCUCGAGCGCGACCCGGGCCUCGACGCCGAGUGGAAGCGCAUCCCCGUCGGCCAGCGCGCGCUGACCGUGCCCUCCCUCGAGUCCCUCCACCGCCGCGGCCUCCUCGGCCACCUCGCCGACUACGACGUCUCGCCGCUCGAGCGCCAGUGGUUCGGCGUCAAGCGCGACGGCGCCUUCUGCUUCGGCGGCCACUACGCGGGGCUCGAGCUCAACGCCGCCCAGUUCGACCUGACCCGGUGGAGGUACCGCCUGCGCGGGCCCGUCACCCGGCCGGCGAAGAGCUGCAUCCAGGAGGUCACGGACAUGCUGGCCGCGCGCGCGCGCAGCCACGGCGCGGCGCUGCUGUUCGACCACGCCGUCACGGACGUGGUGCGCGAGGACGAGCACGGCGUCACGGUCGCGGCCGGCGCCGGCGGCAGCACGUUCCGCGGGCGGUGGCUGGUCGGGUGCGACGGCGGGCGCAGCGCGGUCCGCAAGCUCGCGGGCAUCGGCCUCUCCGGCUCCGACGCGCAGUUCACCGGCUACAUGGCGCGACUCACCUUUGACGCCCGGGCGGGGCUGGACCUCGGCUUCCACCCGGCGCCCGGCGGCAUGAUCAUGGUGUUCGCCGACGACUGCAUCGCGCUGAUCGACUACGACGGCGCCGCCUUUGACCGCCGGCACGAGGUCACGGUCGAGCACUUCCAGGCCGUCGCGGACCGGGUGAUGGGCCCCGGCGCGCUGACCGUCCACGCGCUGCACUACACGUCCACCUUCACGGACCGGUCCCAGGACGCGGCGACGUACCGCCGGGGCCGCGUGCUGCUGGCCGGCGACGCGGCGCACAUCCACUCGCCGCUGGGCGCGCAGGGCCUGAACCUGGGCCUCGGCGACGCCAUGAACCUCGGGUGGAAGCUGGCCGCGACGGUGCGGCAGGAGCUGCGGGGGGCCGCGCGGGCGGGCGGGGGGCCGCCGGACACGGCGCUGAUCGACAGCUACGAGGCGGAGAGGCACCCGCUGGCGGCGUGGGUGCUCGAGUGGACGCGCGCGCAGGUGACCACCCUCCAGCCGGGCCUCUUCGGGCGUGCUGUGCUGAACCUCACGCGGGACCUGCUGGCCACCGACGACGGCAUGAACCUGGUCGUCGGGCGCGUCUGGGGCAUCGCCCAGCGGUACGCACUAGGCGGUGAUGGCAUCCUGGGGCACGAGCUGGUCGGGGCGAGCGUGCCGGACUUCAAGUUCGCGGACGGGGCACGCAUGGGGGAGAAGCUGCGCAACGGGCGCGGAUGGCUGGUGGAUUUCGAGGGCAGGGGGCAGAUCAAGGAGGAGGUGGUCGGGACGGAGUUUGCGUGGAGGGUGAGCUACUUGGCGAUGAAGGCGGAGGAUGCAAGGGGCCUGAGGGCGGUGCUGGUGAGGCCGGACGGGGUGGUGGCGUGGUUGUCGGAGGGCGAGGUCGGUGAUGUCGAGGAGUUGAGGACGGCGCUGCGGAGGUGGUUCAGCUAUUAG